AUGUCCCAACCUCGACCACCGGGACCUAAAAGCCCUAUAAAGAUAGGGUACUACGAUCCUUUCAACAUAUACCCCAAGAUCAAGGAUGAAUUCGAGAAGAAACUACCGCUAACAUCACUCCAUUUGAAGUUUCAGGAUUCGCAAUCGUAUAAAUCGAUACCUUCACUCCCCGUGUCCAUGUUCGAAGAAGUACCCAAGAAAAUCGAAACCGGUGCUGGCGAAUUAGCAUUUGAUAAUGUGUACACUCGAUUGAUGUUUAUUAAGAUUGAUAGCAUUGAAAAUUAUCGAAGUCUGGUGCGUCCUUUGAUUCGCGAGUGGCUCAAGAAUAUCGUGUUCAAGGCCAGGAGUUCGUGGAUGAUUGUAUUGUAUGUCCCUCUGAAUGUCAAGGACACUAAGUCGGUGAUGAAAGUGUCCCGGUUUGAUAAAUUGAAGAAUGAUUUUGGUAUAGACGGCAAGGAGUUGCCGGUUAUUUUACCUGGCAACUUUCCUGAUUAUGACGGGGAGAGAUGUUUGAAGUAUCGUGAACUGGGGAUUAAUUCCAAGGGCAUAGAUUCGAGCCAGGAAUUGGUUUUGGAAAUUAAAACGUUACUCUUGUCGUCGUUCACAACCAGGUAUGGUUUGUUCCGGGACUGGAUCAAAGACCACAAGAUACACAGCAUCGAAGGAUUCAUUCUGUCGUUCCGAAUUGCUGAGUUGUUGAAUGAUAUGGCGUUAUAUCAGGAGUCACUAGAUGAAAUUGAACAUGUGCGUGAGAAAUUGACUUCUGUCGUCGAAUACAAUCCCAACAUGUUUGACGAGAAUGUCCACCUUCCGAAGCAUUUUGAAGAGUAUACCCAGUUUGAAUCGUCGUUUGCAGAUACUGGCAUUAGAAACAGAUUGUUUCGCAAAACCGAUAUUAAUCUUUUCCGAUUACAUUGCUUGCUAUUCAUUAAUUACUCUCUGGUGUUGCAAGCAUUGUCCAGUUCUGAAUCGCUUUCCAUUUCGUCAAUACACGUAUCGAGACUAUAUCAACAACUCAUUGUCUUUCUUAGCAAUAUUGCCGGAAAAUUCCCUCAUGUCGACUUGAAGGAGUUUCAAUAUUCCGUCAUUGAAUACUAUUUGAAUAUUCCCAGCAUUAACCAACUUAUAGAAUCCUCCAAACCAGAGAAUGAAGAUAGCAUCAACACUACAUUACGAAACAUUUAUGAAUUCCGCGCAGAGCUAAAGCUAUUCCAACGUUCUAUAGUCGUAAAGAUUGCCGCCGAACGCGGUUAUUCCAUCAGUGGAUUGAAAGUAUUAGAAGAUGUUCCAUUGGAGGAUACCCCUGCAGUAAGCAAACCCAAAAAAUUUAUCAACCCCAAGUUGACGCAGUACAUGGCUGAUAAGUCGGCUUUCUUUGCUGCAUUUACAUCAAUUACUGAAGAGAUUAUUCGCGAUUUCGUCGAAUGCGAACGGUCGAAAUCGGUUGAUAUCCUUUCCAUAGAUCUUGCCGUUUUGAACUAUGAGAAGGGUAACUAUGAAGAAUGUUUGGAGAUUUUACGCGGGUCUUAUGAUUUCUUCAUUGCCAAUGGUUGGAACUACCUUGGUGGAAUAUUGUUGGAGAUUUACAAUGGAUGUAUUGAGAAGUUGAAUAGGAACUAUGACGAGGAGAUAUUAACAACUUGUCUCAAAUUGGCUACUUGUUUAGUCGAUUCUACAAAUCAGACAGGCAUCAAUUCAUAUGGCCUCAUCAAAAACAAGAGUCAAGUUAAUAAAUUAUUCCUGAAGAUUAACGAGUAUUCCUUGAAACAGGAAGCUCAAAUCGACUGCUCGUUGGACGAAUUAUUCAGAACCAGAAUAUAUUUAUCUUUGCAUGCUGACGCUUCAACAUCAAGAGAUGAGUACUACAUCGAGUUAGAAAUCAAUAAUCCUUUCCAAAGGGAAUUCCAUUUCAGAUCGGUGGAAGCAGUAAUGGUUUCCAACGAAGGACACCAAAUGAUUUUCAAACUGGAAAACGUUGAUAUUCCCGAUUCUCUGAAACAUAUCAUGAAAUUAUAUUCCAACACCUUCAUAAUGGGCUCAUUCAAACCUUACAAACUAUCAAUUGCAUUGAAUGAAAAGUUACUGUUGGUAUCUGAAUACAUCAAGGUUCACAAAGACGGCACGAUUUUCAAGGAUAGCGAACAAAGCAGACCUACUUUGGAAACAAAACAAUGGUAUCAUGGCUCGCUACACACCUUCCAUGAUAUUGAUAAAUUUAGAUGUGAAAUCACAUGUCCUGAUAAGCUUCAGUUGGGUGUUUCAAAAGUGUUGUUGAAUAUUCAUAAUGGAGAUAACGAGGUAAAGAAUGUGAAGAUCAAGAUGUUUUCAACUACGGAAGGAUUGAAAAUCACCCAGCCUACUUUUAAUAUUGACAAACUUGAUGCAAGGAAAACUGAAGGGGUUGUUAUUCCAUAUAGUUACUUGAGUCAAAACAAGGUAAUAAACAUGAAAUCAAGAAUUAUUUAUGAGGUAGAGGGUUCUACGUAUAUCCACGAGGUAUCUUACAACAUCGACACAGCGUUAACCAUCUCCGUUUCCGUCUAUGAUAUAUUCAAGCAAGAUUUCAUCUACUCGAAAUUCCAAAUCGGUACUUCUAAUCCAGAAUACCCCAUAAGAGUAUUACGGAACCAACUCACUACAACAAACGAGAAUUACAUCAUUGCUACGUCAAAACCUAAUUCUCGAGAACUUGUAGCUUUUGGGGAACAACCUACAUGUAUAUUCUUUAGAAUCACCCCAAAGGAGAACUAUAUGAUUACAAGUGAAGAUACAGUGGAUUUAUCGAUUUGGUAUACUAAUUUACAAGAAGAAUGUGAACUGCAUCUUUUUGAUGGAGUUGUUAACAAGUUGAGAGAAAUCAACUUGGUGAGAUAUUGGUUUAUGUUGAAGUCAUUGAUAUUUUCCCAAGCUCGAUUUGAUUUGAAUAAGUAUGCUCUUGAUGAUACUAUAGAAGUUUAUAACCAAAACGAGUUGAAUAUACUUGCUGAGAAAGUAUUGGCUGAGUAUGUUGAAGAACCGGCUGACAGAAAGGAGCUAUUGCAAUUAGUUCAAGAUAGGUUGACUAGCACACACUCAGGCACAACCACACGUAAAGUAAUUGAAUUGAACAUAUCUGUGCCUAUCCCGAUCAUAAAGUACUUGCAAAUUGUUGAAUACGAGUUUGAGAGAAAGUCCCAGUACGUAGUGGGUGAAGCUAUCGCAGUUACAUUGAAGGUCACUACUAUUAGCAAAUGGUCAGCCGAAGUUCCAAGUAAAUCCUUACCUUCCGACGAAUUCCAAGCACUUGUUCAAAACGACGAUAAUUGGUUAGUUUCAGGGUACAAGAAACACUCAUUCACAAAUGAAAAUUCAUUACAGACGGAACUCCUUUUGAUUCCAUUGAAUGUAGGCAAGAUUUUAUUGCCGAAGGUGUUUGUGAAGUUUUUAAACCCGGAACACAAUGACCUGGCCGAACACGCAUCUUUAGAAGUAGAUUUCAAGAACGGGUUAGAAACCUUGUUAGUUGUGCCUGAAGUAAAUAGCGUCACAUUUUCCUUUUAGAGUUAAUACAUGCUCAUGCAUAGAU